GUUCGUUCUUUUUUAUUUUAUUUCUUUUUAUUCUUUAAAUUUCACAUGUCACUGCUGGCCGUCCGCCGCACCAUGACGUUGGGAAGCUCAUUCGCCAGCUCACGUCGCAUCUGAGAUUUCGUUGUCUCGCUGCUCCUUUCCCAACGGACCAGGAAACUCGGUGCUGGGAGAACCACGGCGACUACAGAGUUGCGUGACACGAGAGCAGCCAUUGCCGAGUCUCACUCUAUUUUCCAUUCUCCAGCUUUCCCCUCCUCUCUGGUCUGUCUGUUCUUCUCAACGUCCUUGCGUCGAUCCGCCCUAGAUACGCCAAGGUCCAUCUAAACAAAAACACCACGACCGUUGCGAUCCGGAGCCUCAUGUCGCGGUGAUUAUUCCGCCUCUACCUUGCCCCUCCGCCCUCCCCGUCAGCUUGGACUUAUACGACCAUUUCAUCCCACCGUCACACCUCUCACGACAUCUCCCACAAUGGAGAAGUUCAGCCAGUUCCGCGACAAAGGAUCGGGCAUCUCGCCCUUCAUCCCCGUCAAGACAGCCCUCUCCCCCCUCUCCUCAAUCUUCCACACCUUCCUCUUCUUCAUCCGCCUCCCCCUCUUCCUAACCUACGCGGCAACCUACUUCCUCUUCCUCCAGCACCUAUGCCCCUUCCUCCCAGUCGCCGUCCGCAAAGUCCUCCUCUGGGGCAUGAUGGGCAUCCCCGGCAUCUGGUGGGUCGACCUCCAGCUCGACGGCGUCCGCCGCGGCACUCUCGCCGACCAACCCCCGCAGCGCUUCCCCCACCCCGGGUCCGUCAUCGCCGCAAACUUCACGUCCCCCAUCGACGCCGUCUACCUCGCCGCCAUCUUUGACCCGAUCUUCACCAUAUCCUACCCAAACACCAGAUCGGUAGAGCAAAUCUCCCUCCUCCGCGCCGUCUUCUACGCCCUCUCCCCCGUCCGCUUCGCGCCACCGCCAGCAACCCGAAAGCUCACCGACCUCGCCGCCCUCGUCGCCCGCUACCCGGACCGCGUCGUCGCCGUCUUCCCCGAAGGAGGCACCACCAACGGCAAGGGCGUCCUCCCCUUCACGCCCUCCCUCCUCGCCGUCAGCCCGGAAGUCCACAUCUUCCCCGUCAGCAUCCGCUACACCCCCGCCGACGUAACCACCCCGAUCCCGGGCCGCUGGACCAAGUUCCUCUGGGACCUGCUCUCCCGCCCGACGACCUGCAUCCGCGUCCGCGUCGCCGAGAGCAUCCUCAACUCCUCCGCCGCCCGGACCAACGGCGUCUCGUCCUCCGCUGCUUCUGGGGAGAACACCGCGCAACGACGGAUUGGGGCCGGAGGCGGCGAUGCGCCGGCGCUCUCGAUCGAGGAACAACGCGUGCUGGAUAAAGUCGGGGAGGCGCUGGCCAGACUGUGUCGGAAUAAGCGCGUCGGGUUGACGUUGCGGGAUAAAUCCGCCUUUAUCGAGGCGUGGAACGGGCGCAAGUGAGCAAGCGACCCCGAAGCCUCCGACUACUACCCAAUAAAAGCGCAGAAGGGGAAUCGAACGGUAGUUUGGCAAGUUGGCGGCCGUCGUACUUUUUACGUUGUUCGUUUUGCCCGCGAGGUAUAUGUGUUAUUGCAUAGCUAGGAGCUUCGGAGGCGCUUCUCGUGCCAAUGCUUUCCAGGAAUCGUUCGGAGGGGCAAGAAGCAAGGGAAGAACGAAAAAAGCAGUACAGGCGAGCUUCCGUUAACGGGAGCCGUCAUGUACACGUGUAAAUGUAAUCCAGGUGUGGACGUUUUGUAGUGUGUUUUACGUAUACCACGAGUAUUGACAUUCACGUUCAAC